CACACACAACGCCACGGACUUUUUGCAUUUUUAUAUUCCCACGCACGGACUCGUACUUUCUCUUACGCAAAAAUGUCAUCUCCAUCUACUGCAUCUACUUCAUCUGUCGACUUGACGGGCGGUCUAUCAGACUAUGCAAAGCUAUUACGCUCCUUUUCUCAAGACGGUCUAGAACCUAUGACACAGACAGACAAGCGCUCCAACAGGGACUCUGGAUUUGCGGGCUCUCUCGGCGCAACAGCAUCUGCAGCAAGUCUGGAUAACUUGAUGGAGGAGGAAGAAGAAGAAGAAGAAGAAGAGACAGUCGAGGAACACGAUGAGGUCUUUACGGAUUACCUUCGGACGCACGGGCGCAAAACGUCACAGCUGUCCAUGACCGUCGACGACUUGCUGCGGGAACUCGAUUCAACCCUCAAAGUGUCUUCUCCUCUGACCACCCCUACUGCAUCCCCAUCCCGACCGCGCGCAAAGUCAGGAACCAUGCCAAUGGCAGGUAGCUCUCUCCCAACUCUCAAGAUUCCCACUGGGUUCACCCGCUCGCCUCCCUCGGCUCCGAUUUGGCGCCCUCCACAAACCCCUCCUCCUCCGCCCCCAACCGCAUCCCUCUCGGCCACUCCUACCGCAAGCUCGUAUGGAGGAGCAGGUACAGCAUUCCCUUUCCCGAAUAUGCUACUACCGGAAACCCCCGCGGCCCGCUCAGGCUUUGUCCAGAAACAAGCGCAAAACGUGUUUGGCUCCACUUGGAAGCGCCGCUACUUGGUCCUUGACCGUGGCACACUCUACCUCUUUCGCACAAAAGGCUCUCAACAAACGGAACUAGGCAGCAUGCUCCGUAUCACGCCCGACACGUGUGUCCGCGUGUCGGAAAAUGGGUUAUGGGUUCUUGAAAUCCUUGGAUCAGGCGUCGCUGCCGAUUUACUCAAGGACGCCUCCGAUAAAGAAAAGGGAACCAAGAAAAUGUGGGUUAUUAAAUGCGAUGGCAAAGAUGACAUGGUGGGAUGGCUGGAAGCGGUGCGAGCUGCCAUUAAGCAAGUGCCCGUGGCUCCACCGAGUCCGAUGGCUACCCCUCCAACAUCCCCGAAAGUUAACCGGGCCAAAGGGUCGUCGUCCAUGGCCUUGAGCAUGAUUGGGUAAACAACAAGUUUUCUAAUGGGGAAUUUUGGGAGCACGGACAUUUCAAGUCCUUUUUUACGCAUCACGCAUAACGCACGCACGCACGAACGAACGAUAGACAGAGAAGCCAGUCGACCUUUUUCAUCCCCCUAUGAACCGGUCUUUGGUCUUUUCUUUUCGCGGCGGCAACGUAUCCAUACUUGUAAAAACGUAUUCAUUAUUUCUUUUUUUUUGUAUAUGUUUGAGGAAGGAGAAACUAGAUGGAAGACUGUAUAUAGCAAAAAUGUGCAUACACGUAAAUUACGAAUGGAAAAUAAACACUGUGU